UUGCUAAUGUUUUUUUCCGCGAUCGAUCGUCGCAACGCAAAUUCAUCAUGUGCCUCUUAUCGCUGAUAAGAAUGUCGCUCUGCAUAUGUAAAGUGUUUCUGGGAUCAAUCUUGUAAACUCGUCACAAUCGUUAAAUGGUGAUGGGCAAAGGUGAGGAGAGGAACGGCACGACAGCGCAGGCGGGAGAGUCAACCUUCUUGGCGAAGAGUUCGAGCGAGGCGAGCAAGAUGCUGGAGGCCGCGCUGCUUCAGAUGGACGACAUUAUUUCCGGUGCUUGCGCGGAAAGCUCAACCGAAAGCGGAAGCUCGGAGUGGAAGAACUCGGUGAAGGAGGCGGCGAGGAAUCUCGUAACCGCGAUAAAGAGCGCGCCGUCACCGCCCCCGCCGCCCGACGCCGUUACCGAGGAUAUCCUGUUGCAAUGGAUGCAACCGGUAAGCAGACAGACAAAGAUAAUACUACGCUCUGUUCCCGCGUCGAUUUUGUUCCGUAAGCCGGUAAAAGACAACUCGAACGUUUCCUCGGCCGCUUCAAACGCGAUGUCUUUAAGUAGCUGGACCAAGGACUGCGAAGAGCCGUCUAAUGGCUGCGAUCUUCGUUCGCAAUCGGAUUCGUCGGACGCGGCGUCGACUAUAAAGCUCUGGAACAGCCGAUGGACGCCCUCAGAGGGUUACGAUUCGUCGGGCACGUCGUCCGAUUCCGACGUGGGUGACGAGUACGUCGAGGACUAUCCACCGGGCAUCGCGAGAUCGACAAUAGCGUGUCAGACGGCCUACCGAUCGCAAGAGUGCUUAUGUCAGGGCGAAAGAUUUAGCAGACAUACGGGUCAAUAUAGUAGUCUUCCUAGGCCACCGACGUCCAAGAAAGGUGUUGCAUUUGGUAAGGUUCCAAAUUUAGUCUCGGGAGCGCAUACGACGGUACCCUUGGCUGUUAGGGGAAUCGCCGCGAGAUGCCUGUCCGCUCCUAUUCUAGCGGAGGAAGCGAAAAUCGUGAUCUGCGAGGCAAGCGCGGAACCGCUGCCACCGAAACCGCUCGCGGAACUUACUAUGGAGGAAAUCGGCGAUUGGUUGGCUCGUCUCGGUUUGGAGUGCUACGCCGCCGAACUGAGACGAUGGGGUGCUACUGGACUAAAGUUGCUCGAUUCCACGCAGGUUCAACUGGAGAAGGAGUUGGACGUGAAGAAUAUCCUGCACAGGAAAAAGCUCCUUUACGCCAUCGAAUCGGAGCGAAGCAACGGCGCUGGAUUUCUCGGUUCUCAAAAGAUGGAUAACGGGGCCGUGCUACGGUGGCUGGAUGACAUUGGUCUGCCGCAACACAAGGAAGCCUUCCACCAAGCAAAAAUUGACGGUAGAGUUCUGCACAGAUUGACCACGGAGGACCUACUGAAUCUCGGAGUGACUGCGCAAUUGCAUGCCGCCAGUUUAAGACGCGGAAUUCAGGUUUUGCGAGAUUUGAAUUUUGAGUUUGACAAUUUGGAAAGAAGAUCCGCGAAUGGGAACGGCGCCGACGGUAGCAACGUGACUCUCUGGACAAAUCAUCGUGUGAUGGAAUGGCUGCGGGUCGUGGAUCUUGCAGAAUAUGCACCAAACAUGCGCGGCUCUGGCGUACACGGCGGUCUGAUAAUCCACGAAGGUCGAUUCACCUCCGAAUUGCUCGCGACAUUGCUCAGCAUUCCGCCGUCGAAGACCCUACUUCGUAGGCACUUGACGACGCACUUCAAUCAGAUCCUUGGCAGAGAAGUGGUCCAGCAUAAGAGAGAGAUAGAAAGCACACUCGGAUUCGUUCCGCUGACGCUUACCGCCAGAUUAAAGGUACCAAAGAAAUCUCAGUUCACGCUGAAGCGUAAAAAGAGUAAAAACGAAAUGGAUUUCGGCAAUUUGGUUUGCCCAUUGGAAGCAUCGCCACCAGGUACCCCAUCAACGCCCUCGUCAACACCGGGCAGCCCUAACUUGAACUCACCCACAUUCUAACCACAAUUAAAACUUCAUUCGAGUAAUCAUCUAAACUAACUUAUCUGGAGGAUACUGGGCAAAGGAAAAUUAUAGGUUGCAUAUGAGUGGUGGAUGAAAUUGUACAGCGAAUUAUACGUACACAUUUCGGCGUGCAAAAAUAAAGGGAUAUUUAUAUAUUUAGACGAUUGAUAAAAUAUGAAAAACGCCGGAAUCACCCGGGACCAGUUAUCCGUAGCAUAAAUUACCUAUUUAAACAUACUUUGAUAAAAAGUUACAUAAAUGAAAGCUAACUCCAACACCGCCAAUCUCAUUAACACGAUAAAUUAAUAGAUUCAAUGAUAAUUAACUGCGCAUUUUAGAGAAUAAGUAUUUUUAUUACCGAUCAUUAAAUUAUAGAUAUAACGCAAAUUGGAAAUAAAAAAUGCUGAAUUUGUAUUUA